ACAAAAGUCGCGGGCAUGCAGUGCAUUUGAUCAUUUGUAGAACGCAACACAGGCAUUGAGAGCAAACAAAUCUCGCAUUCCCACUUAGCACAACAAAUUAAUUUGAACGCUGUUACUGAACAUCUUCGCCAUUGCCGCUGUUCUUUGCCAAAGUGAAUCUUGGCGGCGGCGGCGGCACCAAUAAAUUGAUUUGAUGUGUUAAUUUGUGAUAAUAAAAAUCAUUUGGAAGUGGCGCAAAAUCAAAUUAGAUAACGGACUACGAUAUGACCAAAAAAGUGAGUAUUGUGGCUCAUCAUGGUAGGGGAAACACCUCUGGAGAAACGUUUAUGAUGACGACUUUUCGUUUUCAUUGGAACCACCUUCCAAUUUCAUUUGCAUUUCAAGUGGUGAACAUGAAAGUUAUAAUCACCUACAUGCCAGGACUCAAAGUAAAUUUUCUUAUCCUUCUAUGGUCCAUCUUCAUAAGUGGGAGUCAAGGUGGCCAUUACCUGAGUUAUGGUCCAGAUCUUAAGCCAGCACAAGGUUCUGUUUGGCCCAAACCAUGGUGGCAAGAUGACACCGGUCGCUAUUUCAGUGUUGAUCCCGAGAAUUUUCGAUUAGUGGCUGUCAAUAAAAAUUGCCCCCUACUGCAGGAUGCCAUGGCGCGCUACACCAAAGUCAUACGCCAGUCAGCUCAAGGUUAUGUGAAGGCGCCCCAAACUGCAGUCAUUCGCAAAAUCCAACAACUAAGUGUCAACUUGACACAAGCCUGUGAGACAUUGCCCCAUUUAAACAUGGAUGAGACAUACUAUGUUUGGGGUGACGGAAGAGUGAUUGCCAAUUCAAUUUGGGGCAUUUUUAGAGGCCUGGAGACAUUGUCUCAGCUCUUGGUGCCUAUGCCAAAUGGUCUGUUGCGCAUACCAGAAACUGAAAUUUACGAUGAGCCUCGCUUCAAAUAUCGUGGCCUGAUGCUUGACUCCGCCCGUCAUUUUAUAAGCAAAGGGAAAAUUUUACAACUACUAGAGGGCAUGGCCUUUAACAAGUUGAACGUUUUCCACUGGCAUUUAUCAGACGAUUCAGCGUUUACCUUUAACUCUACAACAUAUCCUGAAUUAUCCUUGAAAGGCGCCUAUCGGCGAGAAAUGACAUAUUCACCCGCGGAAGUCAAAGAAAUUGUUGAAUUUGCCCGCAAAAGAGGCAUUCGAGUGAUUGCUGAAUUUGAUACGCCCGCACACACAGCUUCCUGGGGUGCUUCACAUCCGGAGAUCAUGACUAAAUGUGCUGGCAAAUAUGCGGGUCAACUGGGGCCAUUCAAUCCAACCAAAGAUUCAACAUUUACAUUCCUUAACAAGUUCUUCAGUGAAAUACGUAACCUAUUUCCCGAUCGAUAUCUGCACCUAGGAGUUGAUGAGGUCAAUCCUUCAUGUUGGGAAGGCAAUUCAGAAAUCCAGAAAUAUCUGACUUCUAAAAAGCUGGACAAUGGCGAUUUGCCAUAUUUAUAUUUGGAGAGAUUUACUGCAGACAUAUCAACGCUGGGUUGGAAACAAAUGGUGUGGCAGGAGGCUAUGACCGAAUACCCAUAUAUGAAGUGGCCAACAGGGACUAUUGGCCAGGUCUGGUUUGACUUCAAAAACGUAUCCCGUGAUUUGACUGCUCGUAAGUUCGAUAUAAUACACAGCCAAGAUUGGUACAUGUACGUCCUGUCCACUGGAGGAGAUUGGGAAAAAUUCUAUAAAGUAGAGCCCUUAGAUUUUGAGGGAAGCGAUGUACAGAAGAAGCAUGUCCUGGGAGGCGAAGCAUGCCUAUGGUCCGAAUAUAUCAAUGAAUACAAUGUUAUGCCCACAACUUUCCCUCGCGUUAGUGCUGUGGCCGAAAGGCUGUGGUCAGAAAGGGAACAUCGCAGUACGGAAGAAGCCACACCACGCAUUGAAGAGCAUAAUUGUCGUAUGAUAUAUCGCGGCAUUGAGGCAAGACCGGCCAAUAGUUUUGGCCUUUGUUAAAGCAAACAGCAAAAAUAUUAAAAGCAUUAGAAAAAUACGACUUGA